GGACAGCACCUGACUUGAAUGUGAAGCGUCAUAGCAAAGGGUCUGAAUACUUAGGGUUGUGUGAUGUUUCAGUUUUUCUUUUUUAACAAAUCAUGACGAGAGAGCGAAACAGCACAACCAAUGGCUAGAUUUAUUAUACAAAUAGUGGAAAAUAGAGUAAAUAAUGUGACAACGCCAAAGGAAUCCACGAUACAGCGGGAUUGUGAUCGGUGAACCGUGACAUAGCGGCAGAUUGCUGUCACUCAACUCUUUGUGAGCACUGUUGACUUUCGACUAUUUUUUUCCCCUUUCCUCCACAUUACCAUCUGCUGGAUGUAGUGAUGCACUGGCCCACUUUCCAUGAAUUCAAAAUCACCAAUAGGGAGGAAUGACAUCAGCUGGGAUCGACCCAAACCAGGAUAAACGCUGUUGAAAAUGGAUGGACAUCAACUGCCAACCAGCGUUCAAUUUGAGGCUCGAUUCCCCAGUCUCACUUGAAACAAUGACACGCGCAGCCGGAAUGGAGCUCGGGUUGAAACGGGGCCUGUGGUGAGUUCAUAGCUUGCACGGGACUUUGGAGGAGGGAAGUCGGGGGGAAGAAGUGGCUGACUAGCCCAACUCCAAAGCACUUUCAGCUUCAGUCCCGCACCGCCUGCCUGGCCUGCUGCCAGUCCUUCUCCACGGAGGGCUGGCUCACUUCUCCUCCUCCUUCUCUCCUCCCUUUCCUUCCCUCCAUUCGCGCACUCUCGGGAAGCAACAGGCGAAGAAGGCAGAGAGGAGGACAAGCAGGGAGAACUUUUUCGGCGGACCUUCCAACCAUGCCGAACUCGUCACUUUUGCGGAUGGAUCACCGAAGCAUACCCGAGGAGUGAUUUUAGGAGGCGAAAAAACCAAACCGAACCAAAACAAAACACAAGGAGGUUCUCGUCGUCAAUCGGCAAACAAAGCGGACAGCCUCCGGCUGGUGGUUUCAUGUGUCCGGCUGCGUGAGGGGUGGGGGGGCACCGGAGGAUGCCACGAUGCCCUCGCUGAUCUGCCGCGUGCUUCUCCUGUGGCUCAGCGUGCACAGGCUGGCGCGGUGCACGGAACGCUCGGCCACGCGCGAGCGCUUCAAGGUGGUCAUCGCGCCGGUCAUCUGCAAGCGGAUCUGCCUCAAGGGUCAGUGCCAGGACCGCUGCGAGCAGGGCAACAACACCACGCUCAUCGCGGAGAACGGCCAGGGGGCGGACACUCUCAUCGGCCAGGGCUUCAGGGUCGUUGUGUGUCCCCUCACGUGCAUGAAUGGAGGCGUGUGCAGCUCCAGGAAGAACUGCCUAUGCCCGCCGGGCUUCACGGGCCGACUGUGUCAGUUUCCUCUGCGGCUCACUCAGCGAGUUCAGGCGGCGCGAGGCAACAAGCAGCCCGUUUAUCCCAUGUCCUUAAAGCCCAACACCAAGAAGCUAGUGGAGCAAGCGGGCAUGGGGCGCACCCAUUUGACUCAGUCACACUCUUUCUCCAUACCGUUCGCACAGCCAGGCCACCACUCCUCUGAAGUGCAGAUAAACGUGCGUGUUCACCACACACCAGACACGUCUGUGGUCAUUCAGCCUCGUGACCAAGCCGUGAGCAAACCUCCCCAGAAGACGGGGCCGCGGCCCCUGCCCACCCGACACAAGCCCAAGGGCCGUUGCUUUCAGGAGACCACGCCCAAACAAGCCUGCAACAGCACCCCACUACCUGUUCUGACAAACCAGGAGGACUGCUGUGGCAGCGUGGGGAAUUCAUGGGGACAAAACAAAUGUUACCAGUGCCCCAAACUGCUAAAUGCAUCUGUCAAGCAGACAAUUGUAGAAGAUUAUGGAUCGGCCUGCCCCCAAGGCUAUAAAAGACUCAACAGCUCGCAUUGUCAAGAUAUCAACGAGUGCUCCAUGCAGGGUAUCUGUCAGAACGGGGAUUGUUUGAACACUCCGGGGAGCUUCAAAUGUUCCUGCAAGGCCGGUUUUGUCCUGGAAAUGAACCAGUGUGUUGAGUCUCCAGCCGAGUUGGCCCAGUGCUUCCUGAUGGUGUCCAACGUCAGGGGCUGUGAGCAUGCCCUGCCCACCCAACAUACCAAGGACAUGUGCUGCUGCACGGUGGGAAAAGCCUGGGGGCGCAAUUGUGAACGCUGUCCGCAGGUGGGCACAGUUGCCUUCAGUAAGAUCUGCCCCGCUGGCAAAGGCUAUCUUUUAGAAUAUUUCAGAGAAACUUUGCCAUUCCCCCUCCUGCCCUACUCUCGUAAGCCAGACAUGGAAGAGACAACAACUGCCGUGCAGCAGGCUCCAACCAGCUCCCACAUUCCUCGUGUUCCUGUUGUCAAACCCACUCCUCCGACCAUCAUCAGAAUGACCCCUGGCAAUGACCCCUUUGAAACACAAACUAAAGUCUCACGAGAGACAGAUGAAUGUAGGCUAAGCAGGAACAUUUGUGGCCACGGAGAAUGUGAGAACAGCCCGAACGGCCACAUCUGUCACUGUCACCCUGGCUACCGUCUCAGCCCGCAGAGGAACAUCUGUGAGGAUGAUAAUGAAUGUGAGUCGGAGCCUUGCGGUCAGGGCAGAGGCUUUUGCAUCAACACAGAGGGCAGCUACAAGUGCCACUGUCACCAAGGCUACAAACACAUGGUGCACCACGGAAGACUUAAGUGUGUCGAUGUGAACGAGUGCUCCAAGCGGGACAUCUGCGGCGCUGGAGGCCAGUGUGUUAACUUGCCCGGUUCUUAUAAAUGUGAAUGUCACAGCGGCUUUAAGAGCAGGUCACACCGUCAUCCCGUAUGUGAAGAUAUAAACGAGUGUUUGAGUCCAGACACUUGUCCGAAUGAGCAAUGUGAGAACACACCUGGCUCCUUUGAGUGUGUUCCCUGCUUGCCAGGUCACGAGGCCCGUUCUGGCAUCUGCUACGAUAUAAACGAGUGUCAGAAGCCUGGCCUCUGUCCUAAUGGCCGAUGCGAAAACCUUUCUGGAACUUACCGGUGCCUAUGCAAUGAGGGCUUCCUCCCAUCUGUGGACAGCAAGGGCUGCAGGGACAUCGAUGAGUGUGAAGAUGUCAUGCUGUGCGCGUACGGCCGCUGCAUCAAUACUGAAGGCUCCUUCCAGUGUCAGUGCUACCCAGGGUACAAGCGCACGCAGGAAGGCAGCCACUGCGAAGAUAUCAAUGAGUGCGAGAGGCCAUCAAACUGUCAAAGGGGCACCUGUAUCAACAGUAUGGGCUCGUACACAUGCGAGUGCCAGAAGGGUUACACGCUGGUGGGAGGCCGGCGAUGCCAAGACAUUGACGAAUGCGCAUCUGACUGGCGUCUUUGCCAGCCAUACGGCUCUUGCGAGAAUAAGCCGGGCUCGUAUGUGUGUGUCUGCCAUCACGGCUACGUUCUGUCCGAGGACAAACACAGCUGCGAAGCACCUCAAAUGGUAGCAGAUGAGAAGAAGGAGUGCUACCUGAACCUGGAUGAUACCGUGUUCUGUGACAGCGUCCUGGCCACAAACGUCACCAAGCAGGAGUGCUGCUGCUCUAUCGGGGUCGGAUGGGGGGACCACUGUGAGAUCUACCCAUGUCCUGUUUCUCACUCAGCUGAAUUCCACUUCCUGUGUCCUCAUGGGCAGGGUUUCUUCAAUGAUGAAGGAAUCAUGUAUAGCCGACCUGCCUACCUGGAUAUCGAUGAGUGUUUGCUUUUUGCUGAUGAAAUCUGCAAGAAAGGCCGCUGUCAGAACACACAACCAGGGUACGAGUGCUACUGUCAACAGGGCUUCUACUAUGACAGCAACCUUCUGGAGUGCAUUGAUGUGGACGAAUGCCAUGAUGAGUCUUUGUGUAGAAAUGGCCAUUGCUACAACACCGAAGGAUCCUUUUACUGCAAAUGUAAGCAUCCAUGGACCCCAGACUCUAACAAAAAGAAAUGUGUGCUAGCAGCAGUAGCUGAUGUGAAUGAGUGCGAGGACCGAGCCAACUGCAAGAACGGUCGCUGUGUUGACACUCCAGGGUCUUACUACUGCAUCUGCUCCCCGCCAUGGACCCUAGCUAUCGACCGUAACCGUUGUGUGACUCCCGAGGAGCAGGCCGAUGUGAAUGAGUGCCAGGAUCCCUCGUACUGUAAGAAUGGGAGGUGUGAGAACACGCCCGGCUCCUUUCACUGUUUUUGUGAUCCUCCUCGCACCUUCAGUGCGGCGCUCAAACAGUGCGUCUAUGACGAUCGCACCGCAGCCCACAAAGACGUGUGUUUCCUGCAGGUGGACGAGGGCUCGAUCUGCAGUGAGCCCAGGAGCAUCAUGCUGGUGACCUACUCGGAGUGCUGCUGCCACUACGGCCGUGGUUGGGGGCCCGAGUGCAACACCUGUCCGCCGAGGCACUCAGAGAUGUUCAAUCAUUUGUGUGAGAUGCACCUGGAAACCGAGUCAGAUGGGGAGCAGGAUAUCCUGACAGCUUUCGCAAACUAUAAUCCAGGUGACAGCUCAGAGGAGGAUUCAGACGAAUGCAGCUGUGCGAACGGCCACUGUGUGCGCUCCUAUCUUGGCACCAUGUGUGAAUGUAACCAAGGAUUUAGGUUGGACCACUCCCACACUCACUGUAUAGAUAUUGACGAGUGCACAGAAGCAGGAGUUCGCAGUAGUCCGUGCGAGAACGCUCGCUGUGUGAACACCGUGGGCUCCUACAAGUGCUUCUGCAUACACGGCUUUGUGCCCACACGCAGGCCAAACAAAUGUGUCCGACGUAGAAGCCAAUAACCCCCUUGACGUGUCACUCUUAUUUAUCCAUAUACGGUAUGCGAUACGCACUCAAGCACUGUGCACACGCUGUACAUACACUUCUUAUAUUUAGAAAAAGGAGCUCUGUAUACACACAAAUUAACAUCAAACCACGGAAGGAACGAUGUAACAAUCAAACAAGUUGCCCCUCCCUUCCCAAUAAAAAAAAACAAAAGUGUUUGGACAAUAAAUUUGUUUGUUUAGUAAAUGUUUUUGUAAUUAAUUAUUGAGAUCCAUUUUGUUUUUUUUUUUUGUAGUUGAUAACAUUUUCUACUCAAGCCCAUUUGAGAUUUGUACAUUGAAGGCCAAACGUUGCGGUCUCCCCUCUUUAAAGCUUUGUCCACGUUCAUUAAUAUUUAAUUUCUAAAUUGCCCUUCUUUGAAUUGUGUGUUAUUAAACACUGAUUGUUGAUUGUGUUAUUGUAUAGUUUGUGGCUUGAGAUUUGCUGUAAAACGUGUCAAUUUUGUUGAUGUAAAAUAUGAGAGACCUGAAGUUUGUGUAUAAUUUGACAUGUGCACCUAAGUAAACUUUAAGAUAGAAAGAAAAAAAAAAGACCAUGCACUUAGCAAUGACGAGUGGGAACGUUUGCCAACUGUAGCAGAUUAUGGAAAUAUGAGAAUGUUUUGCUGCAUUGAACUAUUUGAAAAUAUGUUCAGAAUUUUAUAUUAAUAAAAUUAUUUCAAUCUA